AUGGAACAGAAAACAUCCAAAUCACGGCACUCGCAGCCGCAGGUGCCCGAAGAUAGGGAAGCCAAAGAUAGCAGAGCUUCUCCGCUUCCAGUUGUGCCCAGCUCAGGGAAACUUUUCAGCUCCCACCUGUCCAUCUUUAAUGCGCUUAUCAAUCCUGAUCUCGACCUCAAGAUCUCGCUGCCCCCUUUUGCCACCAGGGACGUUUUCACCCCUCCUCCUCCAAAGCCGUUUCCGGUACUGGCUCCGGUGGCCUUGGAAGAGUCGGCGUUUUCGUAUCUGUCGUGGCAAUCGGUCAAUCUUCCAUCCGAGAUGCACGACUCGCUCCAGCUGUGGCGCAACGUGUCUCCUUGUUCGGCGUCGCCAAAGCCAACCUCCACAUCAAUACUCUCCAGUACUUCUGAAGGAAACUCGUCCGACGCCGCGAACAGGCCCACAUCCGAGUCUAUGGCUUUGGUUUCAUCGGAAAAGGAAAUCAUGGUUUUCGAAACCGACGAAGAAGACAGCGACGACGACGAAAUCACAACACACGUCCCUUCCGCCCAUCAGUUCAAUGACGACGAUAAAACCCUCACAAACCGUUCGGUUCCACGGAAACGCGUGUCCGUGCCGCUGAACCUGCAAACUUCCUUCAUCAUGCCCAAGUUGUCGCUAUCGGACAACAAGUAUCUGUACAAGAUUUCGAUUGUGAGUUCUGCCAAUGCUCUGCUACGCUCUGACACAGCGCAGUUGGUGGCAUAUAUCCAGCAGGAAACAGAUUACACAGCGCUUCAAAAAAUGCACAUUUCUCAUCUUGUGCUUGCCCUGCCGCCAUUUCUGUUUGAUGUUGCGGCUGUGUGCUCCUCAGAUCUUCUUUUCCUUGUCAAUGACGGCUCGUGUGUUUUUCCCCAAUUCCUUUCUAGCUUGGCGGAAGCGGCUCUGUCUGGAAUCCCCAAGACAACAGUUAUCAACAUCAUGACGGCAAACUACUUUGUUAACUUGUUUGAAAUCAUCAGUUUUGUCACGCCUCACCAAGUGUGGAAAGUUCUGUCUUUGAGAAGUGCGUCAGCUUUAGCAAAAGUCAAAUCAUACAUCGAUUCAGAAAUGAGCCAACAUUCCGGCUCGAGCUACACUCGUGAGUUUGAAGAGAAAAGACGUGAAUUUGCUCUGAAAUACGACAAUGAUCAGAAAUGUGAUGGACAUGAGCUGAAAUCCCGUCUGAAACAACAAACCUCCCAAUCGAUGUACGAUGGUUUGGUCCCCAUGAGAAAGUCCAACUACAAACAUCUCAGAAAGCAACUACGUGCAGAGUUACUGGUUUCCAGUAGCUACCAUGAUGUUGACCCUUUAAAAUUGAAUUCAAGCUUGGGCCACAUGCGGCUUCUUGUGAACAGCGUAACAGAACUUUUCUCCCUUUCUCCAACUGUGCCAGAGCCGGGACCCUACCAAGGUCUGUACUCAUGGAAAACGGGAUGUUUAUACGUUAUUUGCAGUUUCUCCAUUGGGAUUGGACUCGGUGCUAUCAUCACCAAUAAAACUGCUACGGGAAAGAUUUCCAGACUCUUUUUAACUCAGGCUCCACAACAGUUUGUGGCUGUUGAGCAACCUGAGGCUCUGCCUUUUUCCAAUACUCUAGAAGGCAUGAAACGUGGUCUUGAACAUAUCUCGUCCUCCACAAACGCCUACUUCGACCUGGUAAUGAAGUAUGGUCGCCGCAUGGCAACGCAGAAUGUGCUCCCUGAAUCUUUUGCUGAUUCGCUUGUCAGUGACUUGAAGCAUUUUGCAUGCUCAUUAGUGAGUUCGGCAUGGAACGGGCUCUCCAAGGCAACAGGCUUGAUCUUGGGAUAUUGGUAA